CCUUUGCGAACUUUCAACGUUGAAAUGGAAAUUCGCGAGAACAGUCAAAACACGUCUCAAUUGCCAUCGGAGUCCAGCAAGAAAUUUUCAAGAGCGACGAAAAGAAAAGUAGAAGACACUAACAAAGCAAACCCAGUGGUCUUGCUGUGGGGAGCCGAAAGCAUGAAACACUACCAUUUCGUACUCGUACAUGGCGCCUGCCACGGCGCGUGGAGCUGGUACAAACUCAAGCAUCGGCUCGAGUCGGCCGGCCACCGCGUCACAGCGCUCAACCUCGCUGCUUCUGGCACCAACAGAAAGUCCAUACACGAUGUCCACACGUUCCGCGAGUACACCGAGCCUCUGCUGGAGCUCCUGGCCUCACUCGGGGCGCACGAGAGGGCAAUCCUCGUCGGCCACAGCUCGGGCGGCUUGAACUUGGCUCUCGCUGCCGACAGGUGCCCAGACAAGAUAUCGGUAGCUGUUUUCCUGGCGGCUUUCAUGCCAGACACCGCACAUAGGCCGUCAUACGUGCUGGAAGAGUACUGCGCGAGGGCUCUGGAGGGAGCAUGGUUAGACACUUCUUUCACGUCCAUCGGAAAGCCUGACAAACCCUUGACGUCCAUCUUCUUCGGCCCCGACUUCUUGUCAUCCAAGCUCUACCAGUUGUCUCCUCUUGAGGAUCUGGAGCUUGGUAAGAUCUUGGUGAGGCCGGGUUCGUGGUUCUUGGAGGACCUGAGCACGUCAAGCAACUUCACCCGCGAAGGGUACGGGUCCACGACGCGGGUCUAUGUGGUGUGCAAACAAGAUCUGGGGAUACCCCUGGAGUUCCAAAGGUGGAUGAUCGCAAGCGGUGGGGCGCACCACGUCGUGGAGGUGGACGGGGCGGAUCACAUGGCCAUGCUCUCGAAGCCGCAGGAGAUCUGUGAUUGUCUGUUGGAGAUUGGGGCCAAAUACGAACGUGCCUAACAUUUGCAAUUUCGUUUGUCGGAUUCUUGAGUUUGGUUUGUAAUUCCUUUUUAGUUGUCGUGUCGAUACGACCAUCUUUUAUCGUUUCAAUUUGACAUGCAAGUGAUCCAAAUCCAGCAAUCCGACCCAACCAUUUCAAUUCCGA